ACCACGUUGAUUGGGAUGUACACGGCACAGAUGUUUUCAUUUUUUAUCGGGAGAGGGGCCUGGUGUUGAAUGCCCCCCGGCCCCCCUCUAAAAUAGUUUUUGCUUGGGUGACCCCCAUCAAAAAACCACCAGCCUCGAGAACCAGCCCCAAUCAGCUCUCCCCUCCCGAUAAAAAUAUGAACCGUCCCUUAUGUAAAGAAUAAAAUUUUCAAAAACUUGAACUUAAAGUGAAAAGAUUUUUUUUAAGAUUGUGCAUCAAGAGUCGAACCAGCGCUAUAUGCAUUGCCGAGCGUUAUGAGUUCAGAAGCUGAAUUUUUGUGACAUUUAUUUAGCGGUAUCACACAUGGAAGUCGUACGACAGGCUCUACUACUUUAAAUUGGGUCUCUGAAAGGCGGAGAAAUGCUGGGACAUUGUUGAAAUGUUCAUUUUGCCGUGGUUCAGACAUGACGUGACAGUGUUGUUCAAGGAUUCCUGUGGCAUUGUUUCACAAGUAGCGGCAGCAUGUUGGGUGCUUCCAGAAGCUAAAAAACUUCAGGAAUGGGCGAUGUGUAGCUAUCACAAAUUUACUGAGCUAGCAAAAAAAGACARUGCAACAGGAGUUAUCAUUAAGGACUUUCAUUUCGUCUUCAACACAAAGAUACUCGACUCUCCUAAGUACAGUUCAUUUAUGGAAAACCACAAAAACAUCCCGGGAUUCCGUCACUCACGUGAUAUUCUACGAGAAAAAGGCAUCAAUGGAGCUGGAUUGGUUGAUUGCUUUACUUACCAAAGUCCUUUCGUUGAUACUGAUGUUUACCUCAAGUGGCUCACUAAACAGUGUCAGUCAAKAGGAGUACGAUUUCAAAAGGGAUCCAUUACCGGGCUAUUGGCAGAUCAAAUCGAUUCUUUAAAAAAAGAAUUCCUUGUAGAUUUAGUUGUGAAUUGUWCGGGUCUUGGUGCCAAGGAACUGGCUGGUGAUGAAGACGUUUUCCCUGGAGUAGGAGCUGCUUUUCUUUUUCAAAAAAGCGACAAAUCGUUGCUCGAUUUCGGUAUUAAUUGUCAGGUGGUUUGGGUGGAUGAAGAAUUCCAUGCAUAUGGACACUUUAUAAUGAUCCCACGCAAUGAAGACGGUUUAUAUUGGAUUGGAACGCUCAAUGCUGGAAACACCGAUACAAAACAGUUGCACGCACAUCAUCCUAUUGUACAACGAAUGCUCGACGAAUGCAUCAGUAUCUAUCCCAAAUUAAAGGACAUCAUUGCUGGACAGCAGAUAACUUUAUUGGUCGGUUCCAGGCCUAUGCGCAAGGGAGGUCCACGUGUUGAACAAGAUGAUCAGUGUCAAUCAAUUAUUCACAAUUACGGGCAUUCUGCUUAUGGUUGUAUACUAUCAUGGGGUUCUGCUGAGGAGGUUUUGCGUGUUGUUGAACAUACUGGAUUCAUGAAGACUGCUAAGUUAUGAUGCAUUGCUCGUCAGCUUAACUAACUCACUAAAAAACAAACUGCUUCCCUAAAAAAAAACUAUAAGAAUAACAAAAACAACGAACUUGUUUCACAACAUAAUGCCGCUUCAAGCUUGCAAGAUGUUACUUUGGCAAACAACACAAAGUCGAGAAUUGACCAACAUUCUGUAAACGUUUGUUUCCGGACCUGAAACAUUGGUUUGUACUGUUGUAGCUUCUUAGCUGGAUUGUUUAAUAAAACAAAUAAAUCGCGGCUUGUCCAACAUGCAAAAAAAUG